GUCAGUCUCUCCUCCUUUGUCUUGUGCCCCUUGAGCACUGUGGACCUCCCUGUCUACCUAUUUCACACUGAAGAAGAACCAUGGGAGAGUCAAGAUGGUGACUGUCCAGCAGAUCACGACUCACAGCCUUUUGAGUGUCAUAAACCACCCCCAGGUAAAACCUACAAUUGCAACGAAUGUGGCCAGAGUUUUAGCCAAACCUUUCAUCUCUCUCUGCAUCAGAAGACCCAUACUCAGAAAUGCUACGAAUGUGCCAAAUGCAAGGCACCUUUCAACUCCAACAGAUACCUCCUCCAACAUCAGAAAAUUCGUGCUGCAAAAAUGAACACGGAGGAUCAGGAGGGUGGGAACGCCUGCAGGCAGAGCUCCUUGCUUGUCCAACAGCAGUCUGUUCACACUGCAGAGGAGCCUUAUAAGUGUGAUGAGUGUGGGAAAACCUUUAGCCAUAGCCUGGCCCUAAAGAUCCACCAGAGGGUUCACAGUGGAGAGAAGCCUUACAAAUGCAACGAAUAUGGGAAAGCCUUCCGGAACAGUCACCUUAAUGAACACCAGAGGGUUCACACGGGUUACCGGCCCUACAAAUGUCACAAAUGUGUCAAGAGUUUCAGCCGGCCUUCCCACCUGAUUCGACACCUGUCCAUUCAUACUACAGAAAAGCUCUACAGCUGUGCCAAAUGCAAGAAGACCUUCAGCUGCAAUGAACACCUUGUUCAGCACCAGAAAAUCCAUGCUGUGGAAAUCCCCUACGAAUGUCAGGAGUGUGGUGAGCAAUUUGUUUGCUGCUCGACCCUAACUUGCCACCAGAGCAUUCACACUAGAGAAAAAGGACUCAGUGAGAGCCAGGAUAUCUUAUAUGAGAAACCCGAGCACAGAGAGCAUCCAAGGAUCUGUGGGAAGUGCUUUAAGUGUAACAAAUGCGAGAAAACCGUCAGCCGCAGAAAAGACCUGACUCAGCACGAGUUGAUUCACACCAGGGUGAAGCCCUUUGAGUGUAACCAGUGUGGGAAAGCCUUUGGGCAAAGUUCACAGCUCAUCCGGCACCAGAGGAUCCACUCUAGAUUGAGAUCAUACAGAUGUGGGGACUGUGGGAAGGCCUUUAUCUACAGUACCUCCUUCAUCAAACAUCAGUCCCUCCAUGGGAUCGAGCAUCCCUUUAAAUGUAACGAAUGUGGAAGGACCUUCAGCCAAAGUGCACGUCUCUUAGAACAUCAGUUAGUCCACACUACGAAGAAGCCCUUGAAACCUAAGAAGUGUGACAAAGUCUUGGCUCACAGUAACCACCUUAUUCAGCAUCAGGGAACUCAGGCUGGAAAGAAACCCUUUGAGCAGAAUGAAUGUGGGGAAAUUAUCCAGGAGAGCUCAUGCCUUUCUAAGCACCAGGGAGUUUACACAGAUGAGAAGACCUAUACAUGUGACUGUGGGAGAACCUUCAGCCUGGGUGCUCAACUCAUUUACCACCAGAGAGUUCACACUGGAGAAAAGCCUUACAUUUGUCAGGAAUGCGGGAAAGCCUUCAGCCAGAGCUCGUGCUUCUCUAAGCAUCAGAGAGUUCACAAAGGUGAAAAGCCCUAUAAAUGUGACAACUGUGGGAAAGCUUUCAGUCAGGGUACUCCACUUAUCCAACACCAGAGGAUUCAUACUGGAGAGAAGCCUUACGUUUGUUAGGAAUGCAGGAAAACCUUCCGGCAGUGCUCGUGCUUUUCUAAGCAUCAGAGAGUUCAUACCAGGGAGAAGCCUUAUGUGUGUGCUAAAUGUGGGAAAGCCUUUGCCCAGAAAACAAAUCUGAUGCAGCAUGAGACAGCUCACACAGGGGAGAAACCUUAUGCUUGUGGUGUGUGUGGGAGAGCCUUUCGCCUUAGGGCCCAUCUCAGUCAGCACCAGAGAAUUCACACCCAGGAGAAGCCAUAUCAGUGUCAACAUUGUCAGAAAGCCUUGUGCUGCUGCUUAGGUCUCAGCCGACAGCAGUGAGUUCACACUCCAAAGUAGCAGAUAGCAAUCCUCCCCAUGACCCCUGGGUAGCAGCAGGCCCUGAGAUAUCUCAGAGUGUGUUCCUCCAAGGCCCGAAGUUGAAACCAUCCCAGUGUAAGCCCCUCCCCCCCAUGAGUAAUUAAUCUCUCUAGUAAUAAAGAUUGAUUAGAAAAUUUGCACACAUUUCAUUAAAACAAUGAAAACUGGAGCUUUGGAAGUCAGGUAGAGUGGACCCUGUUUACUGAGUUCAAUCCCAGUUCUGUCACCUGCCAGGUACCUAAGUGACCUACAGAGAGUCUUGGGGAUUCACUAUCUGUAUCUGUAAGAUAGGCACAAUCCUAGUUACUACCUCAAAAGACUACUGUGAACAUAAAUAGAUGCAAAGCACUUAGAACCAAGUACCCAGCACAUAGUACUCACCAAGUGUGAGCUACAAAUACACAUCAGAUAUAACAAAUACACUCUUUUACAAUAGAGGAAAGAGAUGAUUCGGCAACCCUCUUUCUAUUCAACUGCAGUUACUGUUGUUACUAAUAUUACACAUGGCUUUAAUUUUCAAAGUUUUCCUUCAGUAUACCCUUGGCUUAAUUGUUUCCAAAAUGUAAGCCGUUUGUUCUUUACCGAAAAGAAAAAAAAAAAAUCUAUUCCUUCCCUCCAUCUCAGGUCUGUCCUAGUACUUUGUUAACUAACCCACAAAAAGCCAAGAAGAAUCUCUUAACAUCUAAUAUCUCACAGCAAGAAUUUUCCACUCCUAGCUUCCCAAAUCUCUUACUCAAAAGGAUCCCCUCCACAUCCACAUGCUAUCCCUUCCCAUAGUCUCCCAUUUUAAAUGGUUGGUUAAAUGAUGAGACCAAAUUUAUCAUGAAAGUUAAAGCUGUAAACCGCUGGAUUCAGUUAGGAAAGCUGCAGUGGAUAUCAUUGUCUCCACAUGGUUCACACAAUCUAUGCAGAAGAUGUACUUGGUGCAAAAAUAGUGAUGCACAGAAAUGACUUCUGGAAUGUUCAUCCUCCAUCAUUAGUCCAACCUGGCCACUCACAGGCACUUUACUAUAGGGUCCAAGUUGGGGAUCACCAACACUUUAAAGUCCUGCCCUUGCCUUGAAGCUUCUGGAAUCAAAGGGAAAUGAAUGGUCUCAUUUCAUAGAGGAGUGCUGUCUGUUGCCAGGUGAUUCCUUGGAGUUGGAGCCCUUGCAUUCACUGCUCACUGUGGCCAGGCCUGUUCUACAACUGAGUCUCACUUCAGGGAACCACAUGACCAGCUCUUUUGAUGGCACCUCCUCAGCUCUGAGCUUUUGUGUACCACUUGCUACAUGAUCCAGUCACCUGUUUACUGAAGCACAAACAAUCUUACAAAGAUACUGGACUCUGGCACUUUUAAUAUUCUUUCAUAUUUUUGGUGCUAAAAAAUGUUCAAGAGUCUAUGUUCUGGGCCCCUGGGAUAUUUAAAACCUUGCACCUUGAGUUGCACUGGUUGGUUUUUUGAAAAUGGGAACUUACCGGCUGACCACACCACCGUGGGGAGUGUACUGGUUUUCAAAUGGCUGAAAAUGUCCAACUUCUCCCUGCCUUUUGUAUCUGAGCAACAGGCCUGAUAUAUACCCAAGGGGUGGGGUAGGGGUGGGAACUCAAAUUGCUAAGUGUGUUCAAGCAAGAGUUUUGACACCAAAGAGAAGUCAGAGGCCCUGUGGAAAGCUGGCAGCCAUUUGUGUGUAUGUGUUAUCUGUGUAACUAAUGAGCUGUGUUCUGUGGACCAGGGUAGAAACGCCUACCCUCAUGUUUGAGUGUGUGUUCUCUGAUUAAAAGUUUUUUUACUUUCUAAGGGUUGAUUGCUUUUCUGCGCUCAGUGUCACACACCCGGCCAGGGGCUGGGCACACAGUCACUAACUGUCAAGUGCUCACAGUUCUGGGAGGGGAGGGCUCCUGAUGGUGAAAACCGUCCCAUGAUGAGAUGAUUAAUUCUGUUUCUCCAAAGCCCCAGAGGGUCAAGGACAGCUAGGGAGCCACUCAUUUUCAGCUGUUUGUCAGCAUAUCAUCAACCAGUAAUUUUCCAUCCUCAUUAGUUCUGCUUAAUCAAGGAGGAGGUGUGGACUGCAUGUUGUUUAUUCUUUUCUAGUUACAAAGAUACAGUUGGGCUCAGGUAAGAGUUGUUGCUAGAAUUUAACAUUAUUUUGCUCUCCUGGUACUUAUUUUAUUUUCCCUCUCCCCCUUUAUCCUCUACUGGUGAGAGAUACCAGUUCCCCACUCCUGGAAAGGUAGGAAGUCCUCUUUAAAAAUAGAUCAAGUUUUUUUUUUUUUUAAAGCUGAUCUGAAGGGAAAUGUAUGGCACACAUCUGCACCUAAAAAAUUUGAUGGUGGUGUAUCACUGAGGUUGGGGAACAUUCACCUAAAGCCUUGCAUCCUGCCAGUGGGUAAACUAGAUUAUGCUAUGGCAACCCAGUCGUGUGUCAGUCACAGUGACUGUUCAUUUCCCUCACGAGUGCUUCAUGUUCACUGUGGGUUGGCAGGGGUGGUAUCCCCUCUAUCUACCCGAGAGACCAGUGUUGCCUUUUGAGUCUGUUGAUCCCUCUUGGUCACCCCAAUGAGAAAGUAGCUUUAACACUGCCUCAACUCCAGGACUCCAAACUGCACUUUGGGUGGGCAAUGCUGUCCAUUGAAAAUGUUCAAAUUUCCAUUCAUGGCAAGUGAUACUGAUCAUUCAAUCAUAGUUGUGGUUGAACGUUUUUAAGGCCAUAGACUGAAAUUAAUAGAAUCUUCAGACAGGCAGUGGCAUCUUAGGAAGAUGGAAGUUAGCCAUUCAUAAACCAAGGAGGUGGCAUAUGGAUACCUAACAUUAAAAGUUAUUGGUCUGGGAAAAUCAUACCUAUUAAUAGAAAUGGUGGUUUUAAGGAGCUGGGGGAAAAGGCAGUUUUACAAAAUGCCCACUUAAUAAUGGGCAAAGGAUCUGAAUGUAGAUUUCUUCAAAGAAGAUGCACAAGUGGCCAACAAGCACAUGAAAGAUGUUGAACAGUCAGUUCAGUCGCUCAGUCGUGUCCGACUCUUUGCCACCCCAUGAA